AUGGCCAGCAAAGCCGUCGACGAAAACAUAGCCGAGCUCGUCAAUGCUGUCGAGCCGGAGGCCAAUACCUCUGUUGACAUCCCAAUCGAAGCAGCAUCAGACCCGAUUUCCAUACCUCCCGAGGCUCUCGCAGAUUCCAAGAACCCAGCCAUGGCCCAGGAACAACUCUCCGAUGCGAUUUCCCAUAUCCUUCUGGCAUCUUUAGAAGCUGCAACGAAGAAGCUGGUGAACCGAAACGAGGUUUCGGCCGAGAAGGAGGCAGGCCACGCUGAUACAAACGAAUUUCAAGUUCCUCGGGAACCUUUUUUAUCGUCGCCUGCUACUUUCAAGGUCCCCCAUUCUCGCAAUUUAGACUUCGUCGGCCGUAUUCCAGCACUCAGCCAGCUUUUUGGCAUGUGGAAUCCUGGCCAGACAUCCCAGGCUCGUAUCGCUAUUGUUGGGCUAGGAGGUGUCGGGAAGACAGAGCUUGCGAUUGAGUUCGUCCACAGAGUGCGCCACGUCUCUCCCACAACACCAGUUUUCUGGUUUGGGCCUGAUGACCUGGGAGUCACGGAUGGAAAGUCCGAUGCUGCCCCAGGUAUGCAACUGGAAGAGUGGAUCAGGCUUGACUGGGGCUCGGAGACCAUGCUGGUGGUGGACACAGCAGACCGAUUCGAGCUUUUGCAAGAUGACCUGCCUAACGGACGACUCAUGGACGCGCUACAGCAAUUCAAAGGCACGAUUAUCCUAUUGACAAGGAGUAUUCAGAACGCUGGGGAGCUGACUGGCUCUCACGGCCUGUGCGAAGUCGGUGAAUUGGACGCAGAUGCAUCGCUUGUUCUUUUCCGCAACCACCUGAGCCCUGAAGCCUCUUCAGCAACCGAGAUCCAGAUUCAGGAAAUUGUUGGUGUCAUGGCUUACCUACCCCGAGCUCUCGUUCAGGUCGCCGAAGUGGUGAACCGUACUGGAAUGACCGUGUCGCAAUUCCUUGACCUAUACAAACGGGCAGACCAGUUCAAACUGCGCCUUCUAGGUACGCUAGAUCCCGUCUCAGCACCAGACCAUGGUCUUUCCGUCUUCGGAAGAGGCGUGUUCGAUGUUCGAAAAUAUCGGAAAAGAUACCCAAAAUUCAGCCGCUUCCUCUACCAGCUCUAUUACCUAGGCGGCGUCUCGGUGCCGUGGAAGGUUUUUUCGGCCGAUGAUCCAAUCGACAUGGUGAUCAUAUUGGUCCUAGUUAGAGGCAAUUUCAUCAUCGUGGAGGACGUUUCGCAGCAGACUUAUACCAUCCACCCUCUGGUCUGUCUUGCAAUUCGAAACUACCUCGCUAGCAUCGAUGGCGGAAGAAGCGAGGACGACAUCGCCGAGGAGCGAAACUGGUACGACGAGAUCAUUCUCUCCUUCUCCAAGGUGUAUCCGGACGCCACUCAGGAUACGCGGGCCUGGUGGAAGCAGUGUUUUGCACAUCUUAUCAGGGGCUACAAGCUACACAACAAUGCCUUGAAGAUCGCAGUGGCUACAAUCUAUCAUCGGGAGUCCACUUUCUUCAAACGCAAGGGCAUGUAUUUUGAAGCGCUGAAGAUGACAGAGCUUGCACGGAGUGCUCUCCCUGAACCUAUACCACCAGAACAACUCGCCAUCAUUCAGGAAAAUGUGUCGCUUCUGCAUUCCCUGGCAAAGUACCGGGAGAUGCAUGAAGUUCUCCAAAAGACGUCUCCAGAUUCUGAUCCCGGGAAGCUCUGGAAGAAGCGAAUGCAGGCCAAGCUGGAGAUGGCCGAUUGUGCCAAUCAGUACGAUUCAGCCAUCGAGAUGUUCAGACAAGUCUUACUCACGGUACAAGCCUCAGAUGAGUCAGAGACCUCUGUUUCGGUGUCUAUGGACGAUCUAGGAGUUGUUCUGAUGCACAAAGGUCGAUAUCGAGACGCCAUUGCUCAGUGUCAAAAAGCUCUGACAGAGCGAAAGGAAAGCCUUGGCAGCUCUUAUCCGGAUACUCUCAGCAGUUGCCACAACCUAGCUGAGGCUCUAAAAAGGAAUGGAAAGUAUGACGAAGCUCUCCGCUAUAUUCAGGGAGCGGUGGCUGGGAGGGAGACCAUCCUCGGCGCGGAUCACCCCGAAACGGUACACUCAAGAGCCGUGAAGGCGAGCAUUCUUCGGUGCAAGGCGAUUUCCAUUAGCGACUUUGAGGAAGCAGAGAGCCUCCUCCUUGAAUGCAUUGAUCGUCUCGGCACCGUGUUGUCAAAAUCCCACCCGAUCGUCACCUCUUGCAGAAGUGAGCUCGCCUUGAUCUUCCUCGGGCGUGGCAAUUACGAUGUCGCAGAGCAAAUCAACCAAACUGUUCUGACCACGAGGGAGCAUGGACCAUGGCUCGAAGCCUCGACGCACCCCGACACAUUAUCGAGUCAGCACCAGCUCGUCGAAGUUCUUCGCUUGAAAGAAGGAUGCAAAGCCGCAGAUCUCCUAAGCGAGCGCGUCUUGAAUGACAGAACCGCUUUCCUGACAAGUGGCACUCUGUCCGGGAACGAUUUCCACCCAGAUCAGCUCGCCGCCCUGCAUGAUCGCGCCAUCAUUCUCUCUGGUCUCAAGCAGCAUCCCACCGCCCUGGAGAAAAUCGAUCUCGCACUGGCUGGGCGCAAGACGCUCCUCGGCGACGAACACCCCGACACCCUCAUGAGUCUGACGUGGAAAGGCGAGAUAAUGCGCGCCCAACUCCCUCGAUACCAAUCCGAGCGAGGGCAGAUUCUCGACUCCAUCGAGAGUAUGCACAGACAAGCCCACGAGGGCCUGUCCUGGAUCUUCGGCCCCGAGCAUCAGAAGACACUCCAGUGCUUGACGAACCUCGCCCUCCUGAAGAACGAAAGAGGCGGCCCGUUCGCCCGCGAAUCCGAGGAUCUGUAUCGCCAGAUCUGCAAAUCCUACCAGCGGACCCUGGGCGACCUGCACCCGGAGACGCUGAAGAGCAAGGGCCGGUACGCCGAGGCCAUGCGUGCUUCGAGCCUGGGCAAUCACUCCCCGGCGAAGCAGCUGUGGAGGGAAUCCUGCUCCGGGUUCGCGAAGAUGUACGGACCGGAUGCGUGGGUCACGGCUCAGGCGUACAAGGAGUACGAGAAGUUCCUGCGGACGUACCCAGAUUCUUGA